AUGCCGAGGAGGAGGAGGAGGAGGCGGCGGCGGAGGAGGAGGAGGCGGCACAGAGGAGAGGACAGCCCUGCUGCUGCUGCUGCUGCUGCUGGCAGAAGAGGGGGGAAGUUUGACAAAUCGCCCCGGAGGAAGGAGGAGGGGAAGCCCCCCGAAGAGAAAGAAAAAUCUAUUGAACUUCCGAUCGGACGGAUUUCAGCUGGAAACACGGAGUCCUUCACGUGCAUUAGCUUCUCCGGGGGUCACGGUCUAUUUCAGAGAGCCGGAACCCGUAAUUGUAUUAAGUGUCACAUUUACAAACAUAACGCUUACAAAACAAACGCACAAAAUCGAUGGCUGCACGGGCCCUAUCUGCAAAGACUCCGCACACAAGGCUCAGCGCUGAGUUCGCCCUUCCCGGCAGUUCCAAAGCCAGCUACCGAUUAUUUCCCAGUCCCACCGUCAGACGACCACCCCCGCUCAGCGUCCCGCCCGUUCGGCACCGCGCCCGCCCCAAGCUCCAUCGCUGCCCGUCCGCCCGUCCGCUCCCGUCCCCGCACGGCGGCGGCGGCUGAGCCGCGGGGGGCCCCGCACACGGACAGCACGGCAGCGGCCAGCGGGGAUCCCCGGCUAAGUUCGCCAACUUGGCUCAGCCCCGGGCAGGGCGGGGGUUCGCCGGGAACCGCGGGACGUACCGAGCGCCGGGCCCGGGCCUUCAGCCGCCCCGCUGUAGGCGCGGAGCGGAGCGGGGCGGCAGCGCUGGCUGCGCCGGCUGCAGGGACCGCCCGGUGCCCCCCGGGUGCGAGGGCCACUGCGGCUUCGCCCGGUGAGGAACAAAGGAAGAGCGGCGCGCGUCGGCGCUGCCGGGACGGACGCGCCUAUGCCAAGUUUGUUUAA